UCAUUACCAAAACCCUGAAAUCUCUGAUAAUCAUGAAGAUUGAGAGAAUUGCAUCAAACUUUAGUGUAGAAGCCAUUCUUGACCUAAAUGAUGAAGAUAUUCAAGUUCUUUCUCAUGGAGCAUUUUCCGAUAAAAAUCCAAACAAAUCCAUGGCAUCUGCUUGGAUAAAUGAUGAUGGUACAUAUGAGAUUUCUGCAAAUUCUGAGUCAGGAGAGUUUGUUUCUGCUUAUGGUUAUCAAUCCGGAGAGUCUAUUCAAGUUUAUGCUCAAUCUGGCUUUGAGAAACAAGUAGAAGCAUGUGCUGAUGAUGCUGAUACUAAUCUCCAACAACAAGCUGAAACUAUUGCUGGUGCUGAUAAAGAAGAACAAGAAGUAGAAAAAGAUGAUGGAAAACAAUCUUUUGAACAACAAGAACCUCUUACUGGUGCUCGUAAAGAAGAAGUAGAAGAGAAAGAAAAAGUUGUUGAUGAUGCAGAAAAAGAAGAAGAAGCUGCCAGGGGACAUGAAGUUCAAGAAAACCCUAGAGUUGAAGAGCAUGUGGUAACAAAAAUUGAGCCGACCAAAACACAAAUCAAGUCAUCCCCACCCAUUUCCACAUUCAACCCUUUUGAUGCUAUUGGAAAGGAGGUUAGUGAUGUUGAUGUUGAUGACGAUGAUGAUGAGGAGGAGGAGGACGAAAACAAUUGUGAUGAUUAAUGUGGAGGCAGUAACUAAUCAACCAACUGUUUAGGUGCAAUAUACUGUUAGCUCUGAAACUGACGUAUCUGCUGAGACUACUAAUCAAGCCAUGGUUGCUACAACUAUAUCAUGCCCGUGAUGAAUGAUGAACAUGGUAGACUUUAGAAUGGUUUUUAAACGAUAGUUCUAAUUCACAUCCAUUUAGCUUGCCAGUUUUUUUUGAAGCAUUUUAGCUUGCCAGUUCCAUGUUUUGUGAUAUGAUUUGCUAUGCUGCAUCCGUCAAAAUAUUUGUAUCCAUUUAGCUUG